GAACAGUUUUUGAAAUCCUCGAGAUGCUUGGCCGACUCGCCGCAACUCGCGCGCUCAAGGGCCUGCACCGUCAGCUACGCCCGGAAUACGGCGCUUCGGCGUCGUUGUCCACGAAGGUGCACCAAUACGACAAGGAACGCACCAAGUUCAAGCAGCCUCCGUUUGAGGAAGUUCUGUACGGUCAGGACGUCAACACCCGUACCGUCACGUUCAACCGACCCAAGGUCCUGAACGCGCUUAACUUGCCCAUGGUGCGAAACCUGACGCCGAUGAUCCAACAAUUUGAAAAGAACCCGACCGUGAACACGAUCGUGUUGGAAGGCGCGGGUGAAAAGGCGUUCUGCGCAGGCGGCGACAUCCGGUUCUUGUACGACAAUGGCAAGGACCCUGAAACCCGCCACUUGGCCCUGGAUUUUUUCCGCGAAGAAUACCGUCUCAACUACAUCUUGGCGACGAUGAAGACUCCUGUGGUCUCAAUCAUCAACGGGAUCACCAUGGGCGGCGGCGUCGGUUUGUCCCUCCACGGCAAGUUCGUCGUUGCCACGGAGAAGACGUCGUUGGCGAUGCCCGAGACGGCCAUCGGAUUCUUCCCCGAUGUUGGCGCGUCGUACAUUUUGCCGCGAUUGGGUCGAAAGCUUGCCGACCUAGACAAGUACGAACCUGUCGUGUCGGCGGCGCAAGCGUUGGCUGGCCAAGGGUUGGGCACAUUCUUGGCGUUGACUGGAGAGCGUAUCAAGGGCGCCGAACUGCUCGCGCUCGCGCUCGCCACCCAUUACGUUGACGCGAAGGACGUCGAGUUGCUCAAGGACCAGCUUCGUGAAUUCAACUUCCCGGAAGACAUGGCAGAGGACACCCGCGAUGACAUGGUCGCCGAAACGAUCACGAUGAUCGAAUCGACCACGGACCCCGUCGACGAAGAGUUCUUGACGACCGUGGAGGCAAUUUUCGGCGCCAAGAACGCCGACGACUCGGUUCAAGGCAUUUUUGACCGCUUGACCGCGCACGAGAGCGAGUGGGCGACCAAUUUGCUCCACAAGUUGCAAUCGGUGUCGCCGUUGAGUUUGAACGUGACGUUGCGCCAGAUGCGUGAAGGCGCCAACAAGACGAUCGACGAGUGCUUCCAAAUGGAGUACCGUCUUGCGACGCGGUUCAUGGAGUCCCAGGACUUUUUCGAAGGGGUCCGCGCGGUCAUCGUGGACAAGGACAACAAGCCCAAGUGGCAGCAUGCGCACGUAUCGGACGUGACGGCGGCCGAAGUCGAUUCGUUCUUUGCCCCGUUGCCGGAAGGCGAAGAGUUGAUCCUGUACAAGGCGCCGACCAUGCCCACCUAUGCUUAAGACACGACUUGGAUGAUACCACACAAUACAGCUCUAGACCGCAAUAUCCCGAUAUGAUUCCACUUUAACUUGGUCACGAUGAACAGCUAUCG